AUUGCAAAUGGCCGCCAUGUUUAUUGUUGAUCGUUCUCUUCGAGCACGAUGAAAUUUUAAAGUUUUGGGAAAGUUUUAUGCAUUCUGUAUGCCUUUGUGACGUCUGCAGAUUUUUGGCACACGUGAUCAGUCUCCAUUUUCAGACAAGAAACCCUCGAAAUCCGCCAUGAUGAAUUCAGACGAAGGAAAAUGAGCAAGACAAUAGACAACUUAGACAUUACAAAACUUGAUUUUAACAAGCCAUUGUUUGAUCUGAGCACAACAUCAUCCCUGCCAUCGACAGAUUAUCAGACUGAUGAGAACUACAAGUAUACGCCACCCAAGAGGAAACUGAAGGAUGAAGAUGGUGAUGACAAUGAUAAAUCAGAGGAUUCCGAGUCAGGAUCUGGGUCAAACAAUUCUAGUGGCUCGGGGUCCGGGUCGGAGUCUGAAUCUGCAUCGGAAAAUUCUGAAGAUGGCUCAGAGAAUUCCGGUAGUGAAGAGAAAUCUGGAAGUGGUUCUAAUGACUCCUCAAAUAAUGAUGAUGAAAGGCGAAAAGAGGACCAGAAAUCAGACCAACAAGCUAGCGCUAUGGACACGGACUCACAGGAUAGUAGCCCAAAGAAAAAAUCGCGUGGGCGUCCAAGAAAAGGUGUCCUGGAUGAUUUAAAAGAGGGUAGAGAUUUGUUUGGAAGGAGCAUGUCCAAAGAUUCAAAGUUUUGGCAAGAAGAUCCAGACUUGUACGGAGUAAGACGAUCUAGUCGCACCAGACAGGAGCCUACAAGAUAUACCAUUGGGCAGAGUGAUAGUGAUGAAGAGCCAAGACGACGGCGAAGAAGGAGAAACAGUCAGAGGAAAAAUUCUGAUGAAUGGAACAGUGACAGUAGUGAGAAUAGCUCAGCAAGCUCUGUAGAAAGAUUUAAACCUCGCAGGCAACCACCUACAAGAUCUAAGAGAGGCCGACCAGGAAGACCCGGCCGCCCUAGUAAGCAACAAGUUCGAUCUGUGGGCCGUCCAAGAAAAAAGUUGUCCUCGGAUGAAGAUGAUUUCUCUGACAGUGAUGAUGACUACACUAAAAGUUCCAAGACGUAUAACAAAAGGUCGGCAGCACAGAAAGUCAGGGGUAAAGGUCGAGCAGGCGCCAGUACCUCAAGGGUUAAUGCCACCCGACGAGGGGUCGCUAACAAAAAUGUUAGUUACAAAGAAGAAGACAGUGGUGCAACUGACUCUGACGACAUUAUUGAAGCACCAGAAGGUGAAGACGAAGAAAAGGAAAAAGAGGAAGAAAACAAAGAGAGUAUAGAAAAAAUUCUUGAUCAUAGACUAGGGAAAAAGGGAGCCUCUGGAGAGAGAACUACUAUAUAUAAUAUUGAGGAAAAUGGUGACUUAAAUCUCAGUCUGCCUGAGGACACGCCAAAAGAGAUCCAGUUCUUCAUUAAAUGGAAAAACUGGGCACAUAUACAUAAUACAUGGGAGUCGGAGGAGAAUCUUCGACAGAUGAAGAUCAAUGGAAUAAAGAGGCUUGACAACUAUAUUAAGAAAAUGGAGGAGGUAGAUGAAUGGAAGAAGUUUGCUUCCCCGGAGGAUAUUGAGUAUUUUGAUAUACAAAUGGAAUUCAACGAAGACCUCUAUAAGAACUGUCUCCUUGUUGAAAAAAUUAUAUCCUGUUCGCUUUCAGCUCAUUCAAAUCAAAAAACAACUAAUGAGCAGAAUGGAUUCCCGGAUUACCUCUGUAAGUGGAAUGGUUUGCCGUAUUCCGAAUGUACGUGGGAAGACGGAGACCUUCUGUCUCGAAAGUUCCAAGACAUGAUUGAUGAAUAUUACCAAAGGAAUAAGUCUCAAAAAAUACCCACCAAACUUUCAAAGGUUCUGAAGUACCGUCCAAAAUAUCUGCCAUUAAAAAACCAACCGGGAUUCAUCGGUGGUGAGGAAGAACUUACAUUAAGAGAUUAUCAGCUGGACGGUGUCAACUGGUUAAUGCAUUCAUGGUCAAAGGACAACAGCAUUAUUCUAGCAGAUGAGAUGGGUUUAGGCAAGACAAUUCAGACUAUAGGUUUCCUAGCAAUUCUCCACAACACCUACCAGUUAUAUGGACCAUUCCUUAUUGUUGUGCCACUAUCUACAGUUGUAGCUUGGCAGAGAGAGUUUCAGAACUGGUGUCCAGAAAUGAAUGUCAUAAUCUAUCUUGGGGAUGUCAACAGCAGAAAUUUGAUUCGUGAGUAUGAAUGGUGUCACCCUGGAAACAAGAGGUUAAAAUUUAAUGUGCUGGUCACCACAUAUGAAAUCCUUUUGAAAGAUAAGUCAUUCCUUGGUGCUGUGAGCUGGGCGGAACUGAUAGUGGAUGAGGCACAUCGACUUAAAAACACCGAUUCAUUACUAUACAGAACAUUGAUGGAUUUUAAGUCAAACCAUCGCCUACUUAUCACUGGUACUCCACUACAGAACUCCUUGAAGGAACUUUGGGCUUUGCUGCACUUCAUUAUGCCUGAAAAGUUUCCAAAGUGGUCAGACUUUGAAGAAAAGCAUUCUCGUGCAGACAAGACAGGUUUUGCUUUACUUCACAAGCAAUUAGAGGCCUUCUUGAUAAGAAGAGUGAAAAAAGAUGUGGAAAAAUCACUUCCUGCUAAGACUGAGCAAAUCCUGCGUGUAGAGAUGUCCUCGGUACAGAGACAGUAUUAUAAAUGGAUAUUGACGAAGAACUACAAGGAGUUGAACAAAGGCUUGAAGGGCAGUUGCUCCUCCUUUGUAAACAUUAUAAUGGAGUUAAAGAAAUGUUGUAAUCAUGCAUUUUUGGUCCGCCCUCCCGAGAACGAGCCCAGUCAGAAUGACCACUUACAGACAUUGAUAAGAGGAAGUGGAAAAUUAAUUCUGCUGGACAAGUUGUUGCUUAGGUUACGUGAGAAAGGUCAUAGAGUGCUAAUCUUCUCUCAGAUGGUUCGUCUCCUUGAUAUUGUCUCGGAAUAUCUCCAGCUGAGACAUUUUCAAUACCAGAGGCUUGAUGGUUCCAUUCGUGGAGAUUUAAGAAAGUCUGCAUUGGAUCAUUUCAAUGCUGAAGGAUCUCAGGAUUUUUGUUUUUUGCUCUCUACGAGGGCUGGUGGUUUAGGUGUGAAUCUUGCCACUGCUGAUACUGUGAUAAUAUUUGAUAGUGACUGGAAUCCUCAGAAUGAUCUGCAGGCACAGGCCAGAGCACACAGGAUAGGACAGAAAAAUCAGGUGUCUGUGUAUCGUUUAGUCACAAAGAAUAGUGUAGAGGAGGAGAUAGUGGAGAGAGCCAAACGUAAAAUGGUGCUGGACCACCUUGUUAUUCAACGCAUGGACACAACAGGACGUACUGUACUCAAUAAAGAAAAUGAUCUUUCAAGUAGUAGGAAGAUACCAUUCAGCAAGCACGAGUUGAACUCCAUACUUAAAUUUGGUGCUGAAGAAUUGUUUAAGGAAGAAAAUGAUGAUGAAGAACCACAGGUUGAUAUAGAUGAGAUAUUGGAACAAGCAGAGACAAGAGAAAUGGACGAGAAUAAGGGUGUUGGGGAUGAACUUCUGUCACAGUUCAAAAUUGUCACCUUUGAAAACCUAGAGGAUGAAGAAAUUGAAACUCCAGGUAAAGACUGGGACAAGAUCAUCCCAAAGGGAGACAUUGAUCGUGUAGAGGAGGAGGAGAGACAGAGGGCAUUAUUGGAACUGAAUCUCCCACCUAGACAGAGAACCACAAUACAACAGCUGGAGAAAAGUCUGGGGUCUGAUGAUGAAGACAAGAACAAUGAAGAAGAUUCUGACAGUUCUGAUUCUGGGAGUGAUGAUGAUCGACCUAAGAAACGUGGACGUCCACGGGCCGGCAAGAAUGAUAAUAUCAAGGGGUUUACAAAUGCUGAAAUAAGACGUUUUAUUAAAAGUUACAAGAAAUAUGGAGAUCCACUCUCAAGGUUGGAUGAUAUUGCUUGUGAUGCAGAGCUUCAAGAGAAGUCGGAAUCUGAUCUCAGAAAAAUGGCAGAAUUGCUCAAGUCUUCUUGUGAACAAGCUCUCAAAGAAUUUAAUGCCAAAAAACAGGAACAGGAAGCCCCAGAAGGAACUGUAAACAAGAAAGGUCCACGAGGAAUCUCAUGUAAAAUAGCAAGUGUUGUUGUCAAUGUCCAGUCCAUAUUAAAAGCCAAUGGAGAGCUUGAGCCCUUAGUCAGAUAUAUACCGAAAACUAAAACAGAACGUAAAAAGUUUCGAAUAGAUUUCCAUGCGAAAAUGGUACACUGGGAUUGUAGCUGGGAUGUGGAGGAAGAUUCCAACCUUCUCAAGGGUAUAUAUGAUUAUGGUAUGGGAAAUUGGGAACAAAUCAAGAUGGACCAAGAGCUUGGCUUAUAUGAUAAGAUUUUACCAGAUGGUGACAAGAAGCCGCAAGUAAAACAGUUGCAGACGCGAGCAGAUUAUCUCCUCAGGAUGUUGAAGAGACAUUUAGAUGGUGGUGGAGGGAAUAAACCUGUCGGACGAGGCAGAAAAAAGAAAGUGAAAUCAAAAGCAGAAGUGGAUGAUAAUAUGGAUGACUCAGAUUCUAGUGCAAAAAGUGCACAUGACAACAAUACAAGUGUUCCUGAUUCUAGUAAAAAGCUUGGUAAAAAAACUGACAAAAGUGAUAAAGACGCUAAAAAGUCAGAUACUGAUCAUCAUGAACAUCAUCAUCACCAUCAUCAUCAUCGUCAUCGGACAGAUAAAAAGAAGAAGAAAGAUGAUAGAAAGAAGAAACCAAAAGAAAAUAAAGCCGGUCCAAUGCAUUUUACGGCGAGUGCUGAACCAGUGGCGAUCUCACAGGAUGGCGAAUUCGAUGGUGAACUUCCUGAAGAAGUUUUUGUGGAGUGUAAGGAGAAGAUGCGACCAGUGAAGCGUUCACUGAAACGUCUUGAUAAUCCCGAGGAAGGUUUGUCAGACCGUGAUCAGGUCAUCCAUACACGACAGUGUCUGCUCAAGAUUGGUGACAGGAUCAAUGAAUGUCUAGCUGACAUGAACGAUCCUGAGAAGAUCAAACAAUGGCGCUUUUAUUUAUGGAUAUUUGUGUCCAAGUUCACAGAAUUUGAUGCAAAGAAAUUACACAAAUUGUAUAAGCAUGCAUUAAAGAAAAGAGAUGAUGAAAGAAAAGAUGAGAAUUCCCAUCAGUCAAAAUCACACCAUGAUAAACACCACAAAAGGUCUCAUGAAGAAUCCAAAUCCAACUCGUACAACACAAAAAGGCCUCAUAUAGAACAAGACAGUUCCAGUAACAGUAAUUGGACCCAGGCAACCUCCACCACGUCUCACUCGUCACAUGUAACCUCAUUCCGUAAUGCGUUUAACAACACAAACACCAGUACGUCCAGUCCGUCAGAUAGAUGGCAGAGAUCUAGUCCCCUAGAUAGACAUUCACAGGAAACUCAAAAUACAUACAGUAGAAAUAGAUAUGAAGGAAAUAACAGCUCAUAUUCACGAGGGAGUUCUGGACAGUACCCCCAUCAUGAACAUUCACGUUACUCUGAUCACAAACCUCACUAUGGAGGUGACAAUAGAGGGUUUAAUGAUAGACGUGAUGGUCAUGGCAGUUACAAUCACCGUGAUUUUCCUCCCAAUUCUUAUGCCCAACAGCAUACUUAUCGGGACGGGAGAAGUGGGGACUACAGAAAAUUUAACCCCUAUAGAGAAUAUGGAGGGCAGGCUCGGUCUGACACUACCAAUAAUAACAGCUAUUCACAUCCACCAGAGCGUAAAAGACGCAGUGAUUUCAAUUACGAUAGAGAUCCAAGAUUUCGUAAAGAACAGAGACUUGAUGACUAUCACGGUGAUAGUGGGUAUAGUGGACCAGAACGUCACUGACCCUUGUCACCAUGGUAACUGGAUUGCCAUAGAUAACUGUGAUGAAUUGAGUAUUGUUAUAUAGACAGUGAUGUAGUGAGUGGACAGAUUGGCGGGCAGGGUUGAAUAGAUGGUCUCAAGAUAUAAAAUUAUGUGCAAGUGUUGGCUCUUAAAAUGUGCAAUUAUUUAGUAGAAGACUCUUUGUUGUCAGUCAGAAUGUAAAAGAGGUGAACAAUCUCCUGUGUUAACAAUUACAACAGGCUGGUACUGUGCACUAUAUUGCAGUGUAAUUUAUGAACGUUGUAAAAGACCACAGGUAGUGGAUAGUGGCUCGGGAAAUUUAUUCGGCAAUGGUCUGGUUGGUGCUGAUGUAGUAAAGCAUCAGGGGUAUGUGUAAUGAAGUGAACUGGGUCACCCAAAGUGAACUGUUGUCACAUGUAGACUUUGGUGAGAAAAGGUCUCACAAGUAUUUUAUGGGAAUUGUAAACAAAGACCUUGGCUUACACAUAAUGUGCUUGAAUUUGUAAAGACUAUAAAGAGAAAUGAAGGGGCUUGAUACUGCUUAACAGAUAAUAAUAGCUUUAAAAAAUUGGCAAGGAGAUCUCAGACUGAGAUAUGCAAUGAUUUUUUUGUGUUCAGAGUAAUGAGGUUCCCAGGUUAAACAAUUGAGUUUGGAGGACACUCAAAAUUACUCGCAUGGCUUCUCUGAUCCUUACAUCUCGAAAAUCAUAUUGACGUAUUUCUAGCUUUCCUACCGUAAUGGUUGAGAUGUUGCAAUCAGUGAUUUAUAUCUUGAAUAUAUUUGGGCUGUGAUUAUAGGUUUAUGGACCGUUAACAGGAAGAUGUGUUAUAUUUCAGCUAAUAACUGAUUUGUGAAAUGGUAAAUUGUUUACUUUGAAAUGAGCAGAAUUGUUGUAUUUAAGAAAACCACACGUUUUUUUUUCUUGAAAACCAUGAUAAGUGUUGUGUUCCUGUAGAGACCUAUCAUUCUACAGACACCGGCAGAACUUACUUUGUCAUGGUAUGUGCUGUUUAAAAGUAUAACACUGUCUUGUAAUACGUGGCAGAAUUGCGAAAUACAGCUAUACCAAUUGGCUUGUGACAUUAUUAAGGGAUCACACCAGUAUUGCAGACCCUUAUAUAAACUGGAGGAGAAAGUGUCAAUUUUUGAAACUGACGCUGACUGAAAUACCUUUUAUACUAGAUCUGUCAUGGCUUUAAAUCAUUAUUUAUAAGCAUUUGAGCCGUGCCAUAAGAAAACCAACAUAGUGGCUUUGCGACCAGCAUGGAUCCAGACCAGCCUGCGCAUCCGCGCAGUCUGGUCAGGAUCCAUGCUGUUCGCUAAUGGUUUCCUUAAUUGCAAUAGGCUUUGAAAGCGAAUGCGCAGGCUGGUCUGGAUCCAUGCUGGUCGCAAAGCCACUAUGUUGGUUUUCUCAUGGCGUGGCUCAUUUAUACAAUUAAAUGUGAUGCGUGUGUUAAUUCUGGUUGUAUUGUUAACAUGAUUUAGUAUUAGGUAUGGUUAAUUGAAUUAUUUCUUUUUAAUUUUACAAGACCAGGGGUCUUGUUUUUUUGUUUUGAAAUGGCAGCUGACAUUUUGAAUAUGGUAUUCUUGGAAUGCUGAGGACCUUUUGUAUAACAGCCGUACAUCUACUUAUAGAAUUCAGUUAUAUUUGGAAAGGGGGUAAACAUAAUUCUGUAGGUGAAUAUUCUCUGUAGCAAGUCGAAAGAAGACAAUAUUACCUUUGUCACCUUUUACCUCUUAUUUGUAGUUGUUGGUUAUUUGUUGAGUGUAGGUUAACACUCUUUCAGAAGCCAGGUUAUUUAAAAGCUGUUGUAUAACAGAAAUAAUUGAAAAAGUUUUGUUUUACAUAUGAGCCGUGCCAUGGGAAAACCAACAUAGUGGGUAUGCGACCAGCAUGGAUCCAGACCAGCCUGCGCAUCCGCGCAGUCUGGUCAGGCUCCAUGCUGUUCGCUUUUAAAGUCUAUUGGAAUUGGAGAAACUGUUAGCGAACAGCAUGGAUCCU